AUGAAGUCUGCAAGCAGGUUAUUCUAUCUUUCUGUGUUUGCCCUUUGGGGCGCUCCAGGUUCUUGCGAGAGUUCCUCGGACGACUGUCAUAUCUCGCCCAAGUCCAUCGUUGGCGAUGCCUGCGCCUCGUUUGCGACCCUCGACAAGCUCAAUGCUGGAGUCAAACCCGCCGUCGACGACCUCACCCACAACACCGACUUCUUCUCCCACUACCGAGUAAACCUCUUCCACAAGAAGUGUCCCUUUUGGAACGACGAAAAUGGAAUGUGCGGAAACAUUGGAUGCGCCGUCGAGACCCUGGACAACGAGGAGGACAUCCCCGAGGUCUGGCGCGCUCACGCGCUGGGCAAGCUCGAGGGUCCUCGCGCCAAGCACCCCGGCAAGAAGGCCCAUCACCAGCACCCUGAGCGACCUCUCCAGGGAAAACUUGGCGAGGACGUCGGUGAGAGCUGCGUUUUCGAAUACGAUGACGAAUGCGACGAGCGAGACUUUUGCGUCCCCGAGGAUGAGAGCGCAAGCUCCAAGGGCGACUACGUGAGCCUGGUCCGAAACCCCGAACGAUUCACAGGAUAUGCUGGCGCCGGCGCCGCGCAAGUCUGGAAUGCCGUCUACCGUGAGAACUGCUUCCAGAAGAGUUCGUUCCCCAAGUCUGCCGAUCUCGGCACCUCCCAGUGGAAGCCGGGCCCGGCCGCCCAGGACUUCAAGCAGAUUCUCGAUGCUGCUGGACGUCAGGCCCAGCUCGAGGAGAGGCGCCAGCAGAUCCCCAACACUCCCUUUGUCGCCAACACUGGCUUCGAGGUUGACGAUGAGUGUCUUGAGAAGCGUGUCUUUUACCGCGUCAUGUCGGGAAUGCACGCCAGCAUCAGCGCCCACCUGUGCUACAACUUCCUGAACCAGACCACAGGCGACUGGCACCCCAACGUUGCCUGCUACGAACACCGUCUUCACAAGUUCCCCGAUCGCAUUGGCAACAUCUACUUUAACUAUGCGCUUAUGACCCGCGCUAUUGCCAAGAUUGGCCCCUACCUUCAGACUGAUGACUACACCUUCUGCACUGGCGACCCCUCAGGAGACGCUGCCACCCGUGCCAAGGUCCUCGAAGUUACCCAGCGAGCUGCCAGUGUGCCCCAGAUCUUUGACGAGACCCUCAUGUUUGUCAACGGUGAGGGGCCUUCCCUGAAGGAGGAUUUCCGCAACCGCUUCCGUAACGUUAGCCGUCUGAUGGACUGUGUUGGCUGUGACAAGUGCCGUCUCUGGGGCAAGCUCCAGGCUGCCGGCUAUGGCACUGCCCUCAAGGUUCUGUUCGAGUUCGACAACAACAGCGAAGACAUCCCUGUCCUCAAGCGCACCGAGCUUGUGGCCCUGUUCAACACGUACGCCCGUAUCAGCAGCUCUGUCAACGCCGUUAACGAGUUCCGCCACCUUUUGGAGGCGAGGAAUUCAGGCGAGGAUGAGCUCGACAGGAUGAUCGAGCAGGACGCGGUCAAGGCCAAGGUUGAGGCCGAGGCUGAGACGAACGCGCAGAUGGAUGACGCUAUGCGGGAGUUUAUUGAGCUGAGGCAAAGAGGGCCUACGGACGACUCGCUCAGCAGUCAUAUCGCUUAUGAGCUUGCUCACGUCCGUGCUGCCAUGAAGGUGGUUAUUUCGGGCUGGAUGCGCACUCCCAGGGCACUCUGGAACGUCGUUACUUAUGAAUUCCACCGCCUUUACCGCGUCUGGGUCGGUCUUCCCGUCGGACCUCGAUGGUGGAAGUUUCAGCUUCCCAACAUUGACCGAGACGAGCUGUAG